AUGGCUGAAAAUGCAAAUUCACCAACAAUACAUGAUGUAAUCGGAGUUGAUGAAAAUCCUAAAACCCCAACUACUCCUAAGGCUGGCAAUGUAAAAGAUCGAAUUCCCACUAUGCCGGGCUCUAUAAAAUCAAUCUUGUUUGCGUUAAACACGAUCACAUUCCUUCUUUCUUUCCCCGUCCUCUUUUGUAUCGUAUGGCUUUUAUACGUGAAAGAAAGUCACUGUGAACAUUUACUACCCUUGUCAAAGCUACAAGUCGGCGUUGUAGCUGGGUUGCUUGUCUUGUUUGUUAUUAGCAAUGCCGUGGUGCUAUUGAGAUCACGGUUCAUAAUGUUGGCAUUGAUCGCGGUUAUGGUGCCACUCAUCGUGAUUCUCACAAUAGGUUUUGCACUCGUCGGGGCAUUCAGAUUAGACGGCGGAUUAAUUCCAGGCUCACCAUCAUGGAUUAAAAUAAUGGUCAGCAACGAUACUAACUGGAAUGCAAUUGAGACUUGUAUAUACAAAUCAAGAACAUGUCAAGAUUUGGCCGUACAAUCAUCCAUGAUCGGGUCUAAUGAUUUCUCAAGGAGACAUCUCUCUCCAAUAGAGUCGGGAUGUUGCAUACCGCCAUCAAAUUGUGAUAUGACUUACGUGAGUGUGACUUAUUGGGAAAAGAAUCCCGAAGCCGAUGAUAGCUCAAAUGGUGGCUCGUAUAAUGGUGAUUGUGAUGUGUGGCAAAACAAGGCUACCAAGCUUUGCUAUGAGUGCCAUGCGUGUAGAAAAGGAUUUAUAAGCACCUUAAGUCGGAAAUGGUAUAAGCUUGGAGUAUUCCUUGUGGUAGAGACAGUCUUGCUAAUUGUUUCCCAUCUCUUGUUAUUUGUGGCUACAAUGUGGGAACGUACUCACGCAUCAUGGUAA